ACAAUACAAACACGAAUUUUAUGUUUCAGUACAUAUUAUUUUACUUUAACGGUGAUUUGUAUCUUUUAGCGAAGUCGUUAAACUGAGGAAAGUACGUCACCAAGCCAACUGAAGUCGAAGCUCCAAGCCAGCUGUUUGUUGCCGCGCUUUUUAACAGACAGUGUGUGGCUUGCCGCUGCAAAUUGCCGCUGAUAACUGCUUUGAACAAUGCCCCAGAGCAUACUGCAGGACCCCCUGCUCCUGACUCGGUUGAAAUGGUCCGAAAUAGUCGACGUCUUGUGCUUAGAAGUUCUGGGCGAGACACGGCGUGACCCACUCUCCAUGCGAGGUCUUUUGGACAUUGAUGCGAUCGACAGUGGCGUGUUCAGAACGUACUUUCGGUUUGAAAAGGACGAUGUACCCAGGCUACAGAGAGCCUUGUGCAUACCUGACAAGGUAACAACUCCGCAGAGGGUGUCAGUUCCCGGCGACGAGGCCCUUUGCAUCACGCUAAGAAGACUAGCCUACCCAAACCGGCUGCGCGAUCUGGAACACCUUUUCGCCCGACACAGCUCGACCAUAUCGUCAUUGACGAACGAAGUGCUCAGGCACAUCGAGGACAACUUCUUCCACCUUCUGGACGACGUUAAUAACCACACGUGGCUGAACCUGGACACCCUGGAAGAGUUCUCAAAGGCCGUUCCCGCGAAAGGUGCCCCGCUGACAAAUUGCUGGGCCUUCAUCGAUGGCACGGCGCAGCCAAUAUGCCGACCAACAAGGAACCAGAAAGUGUACUUCAGCGGCCACAAGAGAGUCCACGCCCUGAAGUACGAAGCUAUAAUGUGCCCAAAUGGCAUAAUCUGCCAGUUGGACGGAUCAUACCCCGGCAGCAAACACGAUUCAGGUAACUUUGGAAACAGCGCCGCGUAUACGAAGCUACAAAACCUCGUUCAAGGUCACGACUGCUGCAUCUACGGGGACCCUGCCUACCCGUUGCGGCCCCUUCUGCUCAAGCCCUAUGGCGGAGCUCUCCUGACUCCUGAACAAUUAGCUUUCAACAAAGCCAUGAGUAGUGAGGUCACUGUCACCAUGGCCUCAUGUUCCGGAACCACAACUGACCUUUCUUUGAAGAGUGUACUCAAGGCGAGGACGGAUCAGGACAUGAAUCGCAUCGAGAAGCGGCUCUCUACGUUCGAGGGGUGGCUCUUCCAGGGCGAGGAAUGCGCGUGCAAUCCACAACGGAUGGCUGAGGCGGGCUUCUAUCACGCCCGCACGGAGAAUGAACCAGACCUCGCCCGUUGCUAUGUUUGUUACAAAGAGAUGAUCGACUGGGACUCUAAUGACGAACCGUUAAAGGAGCACUCGCGGUCGAGAGACUGCGCAUUCGUUCUCCUUCGGAAGAGGUGGGACGAGCUGACCUUAAAGGACUUCUUGGGGCUAGAAGCAGCCCGCGCCAAGAACAGAGCGUGGAAGCUCGCCAAGCUUUACUCAGACAACCUUGAUGACGCCAUGCGGAAGGUCCACCUCGAGAUGGAAAAUGUUGGGAGGAGGAAGCGAUGA